GGCUGCCUCUGCUACUGCCUCGUAAUAUCCUGCUUUACAGCAGCCGGAGCCAGCGCCAUGGCAUCGUCCCGAGGGGCCACGGACGGCCAUGAAGAUCAAACUUCACUGACGGAAAAGAUAAGAAACUGGGGCACGUCAUCUCUUCCUCCAGCGAUUCACGGUAUCCUCAUCACCGCCCUCCACGCCCGUCCUCUCCAACCGCUCCCUCUUCUCAUGGCCCCGGCCCUCCUCUUCGGCUCGUACGUGUCGCUCGCCGGCUUCCCCACCGAUGCGGCAGGCAUUACCUGCGCCUGGUCGGGCAUCUACACCCUCCUCGCUCUCCGGCGAAAGCAGCGCCUGCGCAACAAGUUCACGGUACGAGGGGGUGUCCGAGCUGGCGCCAUCACGCUGGGGCUUGCCAACAGCGUUGCGGGAGGCUUCGCGUACACGACCGGCGAUCGGAAGAGAGACGAGCUGGAGAGGCAGGAGCGGGGCCGAUGGGGAAACUAGGCUAGCUAUGCCGUGCAUUUCACCUCGGAGGAAUCAUAAGGGGCUCGGGACAAAGCCCGUGUGUACCAAUACUGUAACAGAAAACAAGGGGAGUUGGUCAUAUAGAGAGAGAGACCCCGAGGCCAGGAACGGUUUAUAUGAACCUGUACGAAUUUCAGCACGGAUCUCUGGUGCCACUGAAUUUGUUCCGUGUUGUACUUAGUAAUAAAUAUACCCC